CUUCGUUGUAUCAUGUUUGAUUCAUUUCAAAUAAUAUAUAAUUAUUUGUAUUGUGUACUUGAAAAUUUUUAUUCGUAGUUAUAUCGCUGUUUGUACAUAUCAGCGAUUCUGUAGCACAAUGAUCAAACACAGUUUGAUUACGGCCUUAGAAAGUAUUGGAAUUAGUAUUUAUAAAUCAUAAUCAUUCUUUAUCUAUAUAUUCUUUGUAUGUACUACUUGCUCUUUAAUGUGUAUAUCAUCAAUAUUAUUUUUACACUGUGUAUGGAUAAAUAAUAAAAUUUUUAUCCAUAUGAUUUAGGUAUCAAUUCAUUUUACUCAACAGUAGUAUCCUAUGUUGAAUAUUUAUAUUUUCUUAACAAUUUCUAUUAAUUUUAAUCCGUUUGAAUUUUAUUAUAAUUCUAUAUAAACUAAAUGGGAAAUGGCGAAUCUGAAUUUAACAUAAAACAGUAUAAAGUGUCCAUAAUUUUGCUUCACUUGCGCUUACUUCAGCGUUAUUUUUAACUCGUUACGUUAUAGCAAGGGCGAAAUAGUGUAAAACGAAUUCGUUCUAUCCACCGUCGAGUUUCUGGACGUAAUACGUUUGUUUAAAUUGUUGUGAACAAGGUUGAUAACAGAAUAUUUUAUAUGGAUUUCAUUAAAUGUCCAAAAUAUCAAUCUGUAACGAGUUGUUGCGGUGGAAAAACGUCGAUGGAUAGGGAAAAUGAGAGCAACGAACUUUGCAAUAGAAAUCUUACAUUCCACGAUCGAAAAAAUGAAAAUACAUGCCCUGUUCUUAACACAGAAUCAGUACAUUUCACUAAAGAUGAACGUUAUGAUGAAUAUUCGAAUAUGUCUUUAACAUGGGGUAUGAACAAGACAAAUUCUAUGUAUCAAUCUUCUUCUGAGUUACCUUAUGGUAUAAGAUAUGGAAUAAAUAGCGAAUGCACACAGAAGGAAACUAUUUCUUCUCUGGAAGGCAGGGGAACCAAAGAGUUCCACUGUCCAAGAUGUGGUAAAGGAAUGCAGGAACCAAGACUACUAUCUUGUUUGCAUCCAAUAUGUUCACCUUGUGUUUUGGAACUAAUGAGCAAACAUAUCAGAAUUCACGGUACCCCGUUCAGCAAUUACUAUGAAAUAUGUCCUUUAUGUGAUUUCCCAUUACCAAAUGCUAAUUCUCCAAUUCCACCUCCACAUUAUCCUCUUCAACAUCGGCUAGUGAUGAAUGCUAUACGUUCCGGAUUUGCAAACAAAGUUCUUUGCGAUGCUUGUACAGAUGAAGUUAUUGCACUUGUUCAGUGUUCCACAUGCCUUCGUAAUUUCUGUUUAAAUUGCGGAAUGGAACAUCAGCAACAAGUCACUAUGGAAUUGAAACCAUUGAGACAUACGAUAAGGCCAAUUUGGGAAGCUACUAAAGUGCGACGUACUGCACUGUGUCAAAAGCAUCCCAUUCACGCAUUACGAUUUUAUUGCAUUGCUUGUCAACAGGUAAUUUGUAAAGAAUGUAUGUGGACUGUUCAACACAGAGGUCAUGCAAGUGAAACAGCAGCUGGAGCUGGUAAAAGAGUUGCUUUAUAUUUGAAAGCAGUGUUACAACGAGCAAAGGCACUUUUAAAUAUACUCUUGACACAAUAUGAUCAAAGUAUGUUUUUGAACGGUACUUUUGAAGAAAUGAAAGAUGCUUUUGGUUCAAUGGAUUACCGGUAUGUUAAACUGAUAGUUCUAUUAACAUAUAUAUAUAUAAGUAUGAAUUGUCAUGUGAUAAGUAUGCUGUAUGGUUUUUAUUAUAAGUUAAAAAUUAUUUCGAUAAAUUGAAAAAUAUGAGACUGUCAUUUGAGGUACAAGUUAAACAUUCCUAUAAUAUAUAUAAGAGUAAUAUAGUAAAAAUGAGAAAGCCACACCUAUAAAUUUUGUAAUACUAUUUGUAUAUAAUAAAUACUUAUUUAUAAGAAUGA